CAUUCUGAUGGUGGUACACAGCCACUAGCUGCCCUCUUUAAAGAGGGAGAAAUAUGCAGCUGGUGCUUACAGUAGGUUCGCGUUCCUCGCGGUUCUUAUCCUCCGGAUUUCAGGAGCAGGUUGCUGAAAAGUGCCUUUCCUGAAGCCACUGCUGCUUGGAUUUCUGUCUAAGGCUGCCUCUCUCUCUCCCCCCACCUCUCCCCUUUUUUUUUUAAUUUGGCGUUGCUUGCAGUUCAUACCCUAACGGCAACUCAUCCACCCCCUUCUCCCCCCCCCCUUUUGACACUCUGUUCGCUCAGCCAUUUUUUUCCCCUUCCUGAGUAUGUAGCAAAUAUUUUUCGACAGUUAUAACAUCCUUUCGUUCCUUUGAAUGCUCGCAAAUCGUAAUUUUUAGAACCAAGAAAUAAAAGGAAAAAAAAGUUUUCUGCCCAAGGACUGAGACCAUUCCGCAAACAGGAGCGUUGCCAGCUGCGUAUGCUUUUUGCAAGAAUAAUUGAAACCAUUAACUGGAGAGCACAGAAUUCUUUUGAAAGUCUGCCAGUUAUUUUCAAGUAACUUUGGCAGUGGCACAAAAUAUAACACUUAUAUUUUAACUUCUACAAUUGCACUUUUAGGAGCAGGCCUCUCAUUUGAUUUUCAGUUCUUCUGAUAAGAUUUCUAUUUUAUGAUUGGCUUUAUGUUUAAUUCUUGUUGAAACAAACCCAAUUUGACUUAAAUGAAAACCUAAGUGCUGACGAAUAGAAGUUUUACCAAAGCAACAAGUUCGUUAUUUCUUCACCUUUAACUUGAAUUCACUUUUUUACCCUUUUUUAAAAAAAAAAAAUCAGCCGAAAUAUUGUCCUAAAGAAGGGUGUGAUUGCUUGCGUUUUAAUUUUUGUUUUUAAUAUGGCUGUAAACGUUUCCCUGGUUCGUGAUACAAAAUGGCUGACUUUAGAAGUAUGUCGAGAAUUUCAGAGAGGUACUUGUUCUCGAUCUGAUGCAGAAUGCAAGUUUGCCCAUCCGUCACGGAGUUGCCAUGUGGAAAAUGGUCGCGUUAUUGCCUGCUUUGACUCUCUAAAGGGCCGGUGUACUCGGGAGAACUGCAAAUAUCUUCACCCUCCCCCGCACUUAAAAACACAGCUCGAAAUAAACGGACGCAACAACCUGAUCCAGCAAAAGACAGCAGCCGCCAUGUUCGCACAGCAGAUGCAGUUCAUGCUACCCGGCGCUCAGCUACAGCCAAUUACUACGUUUCCUGUGACUCCAUCACUCGCAACGAGUCCCACCAUGGCUUUUAGUCCCUAUCUCAGUCACGUGUCUCCUGGGAUGGGCUUGGUUCCGGCAGAACUUUUACCAAAUACGCCUGUCUUGGUUUCCGGGAAUCCUACUGUUACAGUACCGGGAGGCUCAGCUGCUCAGAAACUGAUGCGUACAGAUAAACUGGAGGUUUGCCGAGAGUUUCAGCGUGGAAACUGCACCCGUGGGGAGAACGACUGCCGUUACGCCCACCCCAUCGACAUCGCAAUGAUCGACACGAAUGAGAACACUGUUACCGUGUGCAUGGAUUACAUCAAAGGCCGAUGCUCUCGGGAGAAAUGCAAGUACUUUCAUCCCCCUGCACACCUGCAAGCCAAAAUCAAGGCAGCUCAACACCAGGCGAACCAGACAGCUGCAAUGACUCAGCCAGCUGUCCGAUCGCUGAAACGACCCCUCGAGGCAACCUUUGACCUGGCCCUGCCGCCUGGUGCACUUCAACCUUUACCAAAGAGGCCAGCACUUGAAAAAAACAAUGGUGCCACCACAGUCUUUAACCCAAGCGUUUUCCACUACCAACAGGCUCUAGCUAACAUGCAGUUGCAACAGCCUGCAUUUAUCCCUACAGGGUCAGUGCUGUGCAUGACACCCACUGCAAGUGUUGUGCCCGUGAUGCACGGUGCUACGCCCACCACUGUGUCUGCAGCAACAACUCCUGCCACCAGCGUCCCCUUCGCUGCAACAGCGACAGCCAAUCAGAUAUCCCAGUUAUCAGUAGAUGAACUGAGUAGCAGCAUGUUUGUUUCACAGAUGUAGAAGUUACCGAUAGAACACAGACCAUGUGGAAAUUCUGAACAGUAAAAUUAUGGAGUACCAGGACUUCUCGGUGGGAAGCUGCACAUGGCCUUUCUGUAUAUAUGCCCUCUUCCCUCAUUUCUUCCUUGACCACCUCUACAGUAAGCCUGUUGCAGCCUACAUGUUAACCAAAAACUGAUCAAUGGGAAUGUCAAAAAAAAAAAAAA